AUGAAUAUGUUGGAUGAUGAAGAUGACCAAAGCUUUCACGCUACGCGUGACGGCUACUCCCAUUUGAGCGAUGUCGAAUGGGAUGCGGUUGAACGAAUGGGUUCGACCAUGGGCAUCCAUGCUGUUAGCGUCAUGCUAGAGGCUCUCAAUAGAGAUGCCCAACAUGCUACUAUCGCCAAGUUCAUUCAAAAUGAACUUGCGCUGAACGCGAGAAAGUAG